AGUUUUUAUUUUGAAAGUCUAACAAGGGUAUGGACUUUGAAGCUCUUGCUGAGGGGUUGCAGGCCAAGACUGUCUCUUUUCCCAGUAGCCUUGACUUGAUGCUUACAGAAACAAACUUUUGCAAUUUACAAUAUGGUGAGAGACAGCAAACUGAUCAGCAACUGCAAUCACCACAGCAAGGUGAAGAUAUGAUUGCUUGUGUAGAGUCAUUAGAAGCCGCCUUGUUUCCUUGCUUGCCUGCGAAAGAGCUGCAAGCAAUAGGUCGUUCUCCUCAUCCUUUUCAUCCAAUUGACGUGGAGAGACAUGCAAGAGAUUUCAUGGAAGCUGCAAAGCAACUGCAAUUGUAUUUUAUUGAACUGCAACAUAAAGAGCUCCCCACGAAAGAAGCAACACUUCAAAAGUACUGUGUUUCUCCAGGAGACUGCAGAAUUGGAAGAAGAGGUGCCCAGAUAAGUCGUUGUUUGAUGCAGAAGUUGCACGUGAGAUUGUAAACAGAAUCCAGAAGUUGCAUGUGAGAUUGUAAACAGAAUCCAGAAGUUACGAAAAAAGCUGGCAUGGAACCCACAGAUACGAUGGAGGUGUACUAAAUCACUGGAUGGUGAUAAACCCAUCAUGCAGAAUGUUAUUCACUCACAGGAGUCCUAUAUCAGGGGUGCACUAGGUUCUCCUUUGCUUCCUUGGGAUACUACCCCGCUCUAUACCGUCAUAAUCUCAAUCUGUGAAGAAAGUCUUCAUGGUAUAUCUGAGUUUGGCAUUUGUUAUUCGUUUUGCGAAGCAAAUCUGGUGUUCAAAUCAGAUGCUACUGUAUACUCUGGAAAUGCAAUGCAUGAUGAAAGCUAACAUACCUACUUGUUGUCUGUGGACCACGGAAAUCUGAAGUCCAAGUUUCAGCUUGGAAGUGGCAAGAUCAAGGUAGAUUACAUCCGGCUCGGAAAUGGCAAGAUCAAGGUAGUAGACUUUGUAGACUACAUCCAAUAUCAACCUGGAGUCCUGGGAGAGUAUGUUUUUGUCACAGUUUGAGAUUAUUAUUUGCAAACCAAAGCUGAUUAGGUCAAAUGUGUCUUUAAAUUUGUCAUUUUGAUUUUAUUUUUUUUACAAAUACAACACAUAAUCUGGUGUCAAUAUUUGUCAUUUAUUGUAAAGAAUUUCAGCAUAGUAGUAUUGAAAAUUGCUGAUUUUAAAAUUGUUGAAUUAAAAAAAAAAAGUUGAUUGU